GGGGGCGAUGUCGUUGCGUGUGGAUGUUUGGAAUCCAGUCUAACCGACGUGUUACCAUUCCUCUUAUGUCUGUUAUCGUGUCACUGCUGAUAUCUCUUAUUUUACCACAACUUGAGGUUAGUCUCUGCAAGCGUUUCCUUCUGGUUGUAAACGAGCCAGUUAGUUUUGGCGUCUCAUCUGAAUUUUACAAGUUGACAGGGCUGUCACUGCAGGAGUUUCCCCUUCGGUGUACACACUUCAAGGGCAGUCACUGCAGGAGUUUCCCCUUCGGUGUACACGCUACAAGGGCAGGCACUGCAGGAGUUUCCCCUUCGGUGUACACACUACAAGGGCAGGCACUGCAGGAGUUUCUCCUUCGAUGUAAACGCUACAAGGGCAGGCACUGCAGGAGUUUCCCCUUCGGCGUACACACUACACGGGCAGUCACUGCAGGAGUUUCCCCUUCGGUGUACACACUACAAGGGCAGACACUGCAGGAGUUUCCCCUUCGGCGUACACACUACACGGGCAGGCACUGCAGGAGUUUCCCCUUCGGUGUACACACUUCAAGGGCAGUCACUGCAGGAGUUUCCCCUUCGGUGUACACACUAAAAUGAGUCUCCCCUGACUUGUACUUUUACACCACAUUGUUCGAAUAUGGUAACAUGAACUCCAUGAACAUUGUAUAAUUGUUAUCUAACAAUAUGUUGUUAACUACUUUAGUUUAUAGGGAAUUUAGAGAUAGAAUUGUAAAUUAUUAAUAAAUAUCUUAAUGUA